UAUGGUGGGAAGCCGAAAGGAGAAACAGAAACCCUUUGCAUUGAGAUUGAAAUUUCAAAUUUCAAUGACACACAGUUUGAAGCAUUCGGUGGAUUUGGAGGGCAGUUAUAACAAUCGACCGUCCAAGUUAUCUAAAAUCGAGCAUCCCAGUCACAUUGAAGAAGAAGAAGAAGAAGAAGAAGAGAUGAAUCAAAACCCUAAAAAUGGGAUUCAACGCUAUUUGUUUGCAAUCGAGUAUAUCGGCACUCGCUUCUCCGGUUCUCAGAAGCAGCUCACUUGCCGUACCGUCGUUGGAGCUCUCGAGGAAGCUUUUGCUAAAUUUGUUGGCCAGCCCGUCUCUGUCUCCUGUUCAAGUAGAACUGAUGCUGGAGUUCAUGCUUUGUCAAAUGUUUGUCAUGUGGAUAUUCAACGGACCAGCAAAAGGAAGCCCGGUGAAGUGUUGCCACCUCAUGAACCUGCUGUAGUUGGAAGGGCUGUAAACCAUUUCUUGCAGAAGCAUGACAGUGACUUAACGAUUAUUGAUGUUCGACGUGUUCCGUCUGAUUUUCAUGCCAGAUUUAAAGCACAAGAGCGAACAUACUUCUAUCGUUUGCUAUCUGGGCCAGAGCCUUUGUCAACCUUUGAGAAAGAUCGAGCAUGGCAUGUAUGUGAGGAUCUUAAUGUUCCAGCUAUGCAAGAAGCAUGCAGGGUUCUUGUUGGAUGCCAUGAUUUUAGUUCCUUCAGGGCAGCUGGUUGUCAGGCAAAAUCACCAAUUAGAACUUUGGAUGAACUCAGUGUCACCGAGGUAAUUGAAAGUCCAUAUUUCCCAUCUGUAAUGGAUAGAGAACGACAUAAUAAAGUUAGUAGUGAUCUUCGUGGCUACCCUAGCAACUCUGAAACUGACAUUUCUCCUAGUUCAAGUCCAUGCAUUGAUAAAGUAACGACUUCAAGUGAAGAUGUAGGAUUUGGCAAACGAAGACGACAUCGUUGCCUGGUGGUAACAGCACGAGCACGGUCCUUUCUUUACCACCAGGUUAGAUUACUUGUGGGUGUUCUCAAGGCUGUUGGCAGUGGAAACUUGACAAUUCCGGACGUUGAAAGAAUUUUGAAUGCCAAGAAUGUUACUUCCGCAAGUCCAAUGGCCCCAGCAUGCGGUCUUUACUUGGGAGAGGUGAAAUAUGAUCUGCCUACAACUUAGUUUACUCAAAGCACAAAGCUUAUGUAGGAGUCAAUCCAAUGGAUAAAUUUUGUCCCAUUGUAUGAACUUAACUUUAUCAUUCCUUUACUUUAUUUCUUUAAAAUUAAAAAAAAAGGCUUUUAAAAUAAAGAAAAAACCUUCUCAAACCA